UUCCUUCCAGAGCUUUACAUCUUUGUUUUCCACACAAAAGAAAUCUUAGUGGAUUUCCUGUACCUCCUUCUUAUACUGCUACUCUUAAAGUGACAAAAUUUUAUAUAGCAGCUGGGAUAUUUUGGAUACUUCAAGAAAAGCCAUCAACAAGGCAGAACAAGGCAGAACAAGGCAGACUUCACAAGCUUUUGGGAUACUAGAGUUUUGAUAUGCUCAACUAAGAGAGAGAAUAAGCUAGCACCUGGUUUCCCCCCUGUUAUUUUUUUACUUCUGAUCUGUUCUCCAGCCUUCCAAAGCCAAGUUUGGUUUACAACUCCUUCCACAGCCCUUAACAUCACAACCUCUGUACUUACCUUUGAUGCUGAUCUUGACAUUCCCAUCUUUUCUGUUAGCCUUUCUAUACAACUCUUUUAUUUCCCAAUUCGUAAUUCACCAUUUGACUCUACCUUGCCCUUCCUUUAAAAGAUCUGGAAGAGCAUAUCUAAGGAUACAUGUCAUUGUAAGGUCAGUAGCUUUACAAGUAUUUUGUCUUCUGUUGGCAUGUAUGGAUAUUGGGCGCAUGAGCAUACGACAUCCAACAAGAUUUCUUCAUUUGUAACGACUGAACUUGAAACUGGACACUUCGUAGAAGCACCAUCCAUGAAGCUUCUCUUGCUUUUAGUGUUUCUUGCCACCCUGCUGGAUAGUUGCUGCAGCCUCCAGAACUGUACGAACCCAUGUCACAAGCAUGCCAAAUGUGAAGUUCGCAAUGGGAUCCAUGGUUGUUACUGUAACCCAGGAUUCACCGGACCUGGGAUAGAUGCAGAUGGUAACAGUGGUUGCUAUGAUGAUAAUGAAUGUGCAAAUGCCACACAACUUUGUGGAGAAAAGGCGAACUGUACAAACACUAUGGGAAGCUACUUCUGCAUGUGCAAAGAUGGAUACAAAUCUAGUAAUGGCAACACAAGCUUUGUAACCAAUGAUGGUACUUCUUGUAGAGAUAUAGAUGAGUGCAGUGAACUGGGAACUGUUGCCUGUGGAGAUCAUGCACAAUGUGACAAUAUGGAUGGAGGAUACAGCUGCACCUGUAAUGAAGGUUAUCAACCAUCCACAGGAAAAUUACAGUUUAAGCCAAAUGAUGGCACUUCCUGCCAAGCCAUACCAACAACAACCUGUGAACUGAACAACUGUAUAACUAAAAACAUUAACCAAACUUUAGCUAAAAUUAGUGAAUUAAAAGAUCCUCUGGCUGUAUUACAAGAAAUCAACAAGAACAGCAUAGGACCCGUUACACCAGUUGAAGUAAUUUCUUACAUUGAAAUGUUAUCUGUACCCUUUUCCUUGCUGAGUAUCACAAAUUAUACCAUUUCUGAUGAGAGGCUUCGAGAUCAAACUCUUAACGAAUUCGUUAGUACUGUAAAUAAUUUUGUUCAGGAAGAUAAGAAGGCAGCCUGGGAAGCUGUCCCAGCAGACAACAGAAGAAGAAGCCUCACCAAAUUGAUGCAUGCUACCGAGGAAACAACAGCCUUCCUAUCUCAAAAUUUCCCAAAGAUGGCAGAAGUAGACAUUAAUGCUAGUGAUAUGGCUUUAAGGCUUUAUACUUUUGACACGGAGAAGGUGAACCUCAUCAACCAAAAUACUCAGAUGGGAGGAGACAGUAUUAAGAUCUCUGCAAAGAAAAAAGAAAUAUCGGCUGCUAAAGGCACAGUUGCAGUUGUGUUUCUGCGAUACGACAAUAUUGGAGCUCUGCUUUCAUUACCACAGAAUUUGUCCCUGACAGAAAAUACGGAGGAUGGAGAAAUAGUAGGUUCAUCAGUUAUAGCUGUUGCAAUUAGGUCCACUCCACCUGGGCUGUAUCCAGCUGAGAAAAUAUUAUUUACUUUAAAACAUACUCAGACUGUAGGCAAAAAAGAUGUUAAAUGUGUAUUUUGGAAUUAUUCAGAAGACACAAUGGAAGGGAACUGGGCCACAGAAGGGUGCGAGAGGACCCACUCCAAUAGCACACAUACGUCUUGCAGAUGUAACCAUCUUACUCAUUUUGCAGUCUUGAUGUCUUCAAAUGGCUCUAAAGUUGAAGCUAAGGAUUAUAUUCUUACAAGAAUCACUCAGCUUGGAAUAAUUAUCUCAUUGAUUUGCCUCGCCAUGUGCAUUUUCACGUUUUGGUUCUUCAGUGAAAUCCAAAGUACAAGAACAACGAUUCAUAAAAAUCUCUGUUGCAGCCUUUUCCUGGCAGAGUUUAUUUUUUUGAUCGGAAUUAACAUGAACACUAAUAAGCUAUUCUGUUCCAUCACUGCUGGAUUGCUCCAUUACUUCCUCUUAGCGGCUUUUGCAUGGAUGUGUAUCGAAGGCAUUCAUUUGUAUCUUAUAGUUGUUGGAGUAAUCUACAAUAAAGGAUUCUUACACAAGAAUUUCUAUAUUUUUGGCUAUGUAAGCCCAGCAGUGGUGGUUGGCAUUUCGGCUGCACUGGGAUAUAAAUACUACGGAACAACUGAUGUAUGUUGGCUCAGCACAAAGAAUAACUUUAUAUGGAGUUUUAUAGGACCAGCAUGUCUAAUAAUCCUUGUGAAUUGGAUGGCAUUUGGAGUAAUUAUCUAUAAAGUAUUUCGUCAAACAGCCAUGUUGAAGCCAGAAGUUAGCUGCUAUGAAAAUAUAAGAUCCUGUGCACGAGGGGCACUUUCUCUCCUUUUUCUCCUGGGGGCUACGUGGAUUUUUGGCGUGCUCCAUGUCAUCCAGGGAUCAGUGGCCACGGCAUACCUUUUCACAAUUUUCAAUGCAUUUCAGGGACUGUUCAUCUUUAUAUUUCUUUGUGUGCUGUCACGAAAAAUCCAGGAUGAAUACUCCAGGCUGUUCAGAAAUGUCCCUUGCUGUUUUAGAUGCUUGAGGUAAAUUGAUGGAAAGCCAGGAUGAGCAGCACUGUGGAAGGAAGCAGAAAACGAGAGGCUUUCGAAAAAUUGCUAUAUUGUGAAAGUAUGAAAUGAGCUACUGAGCUGUCAUCUCUCUUAAAUCAAUUAUUUUCUCUCCGGUAUAGGUAUUGUACUUAAAUGUGCACUCAGGCAUGCUAUAUUGUGUACAAAAACUGCAUAUCUGUACAAGACAGACUGGUUUAUUAUGUAACAAAUAAGGCUUCUAAAGGCACCCAGGACUCUUUAGGGCAAACAGCUAAAGCUUGAAAGAGGGAAAAGUGAAUCCAAGGUGAAAAGCUUUUUGUUGUUGUUAUUGGCAGAUUGACUCUUCAUUUCAUAUCUAAUGCUUGGAAAUGAAAUAAUUUCACUUAUUGCUAUUUAAAGAGACUACAACCCAUUAGAGUGUUUAAAAAAGAUUUUACCUCGGUCAAAAUAUUGUGUCCUGCCUUGAAAGGAGCUAAGUUAAGAAAAUAGCAGUGUGUGCAGUUCUUUAGUUCUGAUCGUAAGGGGAAGACAUACAGCAAUUUUGCUACCUGAAAGUUUAGAUGGCAGGCUUCAGACUUCUAUUAGCUCAGGACAGUGGUGGGGUUCAAAUAAUUUAACAACCGGUUCUCUGCCCUAAUGAUUUCUUCCAAACAACCAGUCCACCAAACUGCUCAGAAAGUUAACAACCGGUUCUCCCAAAGUGGUGCGAACUGGCUGAAUCCCACCACUGGCUCAGGAUCUCUCAGUUGUGACAAUUGUAAGAUGGGUGAUGAAACAGUUGCACCAGUUACCAAAACUCCAAAGUACUGUAGAAUCUAAGUCAUGGGUGUCAAACUCACAGUGUCAUGCUGCUGUCACAUGAUGUUUCAUGAUGUUUUUUUCCCUUUGUGGAGCUGGGGUGGGCGUGGCCUGUGCAUGAAGCAUCCACCCUGCGGGCCGCCAGUUUGACACCCCUGAUCUAAGUCAACCUGUUACGAACAGGAGCAUAGCCUUGUAAUUCAGCCUGUGCGAAUUGAUUUAAGUUUGCUUUAAUGAAUUGAAUCAGACGAUGGAGACAAUGCGAUGUUUUGCUGAAAUGAAGAAGGCAUCCCAAUUCCUUUGCCAAAGUAAUGUUGGUUUUUAUCAAACAACUGAAUCUCAUUAGGCAGGACUAAUUUGAUACUGUCCAAAGUAUGCAUUGGACCUUCCCAGCCCAGAUGAGCUUUAACAUAUGCUAGUGGAAUUUAAACUGGUCAUUCCAGGGCAUGGUGCCUAAGCCAAAUGCCAUAUGUAGUUACAGAUGUGCCUCCUUCUGACUGCAGUUCUGUAUAUGUUGCAUGUAUAUGUAAAAACUGCAUUGUAUAUAACAACGUUUGCUUCCAGCAAGACCUCUUCAGGCCAGUAGGAUCCUUGGAAGACUAAUUUCAAAGAGUUUAAAUGCACACAAAACCUACAAAUAAGAGGCUUUCCAGAAAUGCAGAAUUUCUCUGGUAGGCUUCAGUCAGAAACAAAUUUAGAGGACUGAAUAAAUGAGAGAUGAACAUGUAUGCCUAGAUGUAAGUGCAAAUCUGCUUAUUGGAUUAAAUAAAUCCUUUCAAUUAAGAAUAUCAAAGAGAAUGUUGCUGUUUUCCAAAUGCCAGAGCAUCUAUAUAACAAUAAAUCAAAUCUAUGUUAACAAGAA